AGCAGUCAAGAACAACGAGGGCUGAACUAUCGAAGGCAAAAUGAAUACAACUGAAGACAACUGCCAAGAGUUUGAUAGGGACCUGUAUGAAAAUACCUUACUGCCUACUCUUUACAUCUUGGUGUUAAUUGUUGGAUUGCUAGCUAACGGAUGGGGAUUGAAGUCUUUGCUGCAUAACUGGAAGAAUCUUGGGGAAAUUAACAUCUUUCUUUUAAACCUGGGACUUGCAGACAUUUUGUACCUGCUCAAUCUUCCUCUUCUGAUCGUCUACUACCUUAAAGGGAGCGAAUGGAUCUUUGGAGAAACUCUCUGCAAACUGACAAGAUUCUGUUUCAACCUGAAUUUAUAUUGCAGCAUUGGAUUCCUCACUUGUAUUAGUGUGUACAGAUACCUGGCAAUCGUCCAUCCCAUGAAAUCAAAGGGGAGAUUAACGGCGAAUCGUUCCAUUGGUAUCUCAGCCAUUGUUUGGAUUCUGGUGAGUGUUCAAAGCCUUCCCGACAUGUUCUUCCCCAAAAGAUAUAGAAGCGAUCAAUGUUUUGACACCACCACUAAUGAUUAU